GUGUGUGUCUGUUUAACAUUCGGAAAUAUUAUUUGCCGUCGAAUUUUCGGAAUUUUCUAGGCCUAAUACUGUAUUGCUGCAUGUGUGAAUCACCUUGUAAUAACCCAACAUAAUCAUAUCCUGUUAUUGUUGAAAUUAUUUAACCAAUUGCAUAAUGACAUCGAGUAUAGCCUUACUAAACAUGGACUAUCACUUCCGUAAUAUAGCUGAUGUGCUGGUUUUUAUUUUUCGAUAAUUAAUGGGCGGACCCUUGGAUGCCGCUAGGCAUUGGCAGCCCAUUGAAAGAGCGCGCUAUUAGUUUAUCAGUGCUGUGCGUAGUUCAUAUAAAACACAAGACAUCUAUGUGUCCUUAUGAGAGUUUGGUGAUCAUUGCCACUGGAAAUUUUAAAAAGGAAAAUUGAAUAUUGCUCAACAGCGCUAAUUAAUUUUGACAUCGUGUUUUCAAAUAAAUUAAAGAACUUCAAAAUGAAAAUUCUCCAUAGAAUUAUACAGGACUAUUUUAGGUUGUAUUAAAGAAAUGGUUUAAGGAGUGGUACGUGACACGAAUGAAGAUUAGACCAAGAUUUUCCAGAUAUUUUUAUAUUCCAAGGUAUUUUAAAGAGAGUCUCACGCAAGAUAGUUUAAUUUUUAUUUCAUUAUGUUUUUGGUUUUUUUCAUUGCGAGUUAAUUGUCCUUCUGUAUAGAGCCAAUGUCCAGUAAUGAUAAUAUAAUAAUUAAAAAAAACCUUUUUCGUAUUAGGGCUAGUUCUUUAUGCAAGACUUUGCCGAGAAAAAUACCCCAAAUGAUUCGUCGUCCCUUUAUUAUAACCCUAUAACAUCUUUACUUGAGACCAUGCGAAAAUCGGACGAGAACAAUUUAAAAAUAGGAUUUAUUUUUUUCAGUUUCUGUUUGCUUGGGUUUACAUUUAAGUUGGGCGACGCUCAAUUCCAACGAUAGCGUUGACGGGCUGCGUCACUAUUGAAUGAAUCCUUUGUCGAAUUGCAUCUUUUCACAAUUUAUAUAGAAAGCGAUAGAAAGACAUUUUUGCCAUCAAUACUGAAUUUCUUUUGCCAUUUGGUGAAAUUAAUGUGCUGGUGUUUCACGGACAGGGAAGAAGCGGAACUGAUUGACGAUUGUGCACCAAGCUAUUUUGAUUUCUUCCAUGGCAAAUCGCAUGUCGACACAGUUACGAGGCCCCAUUCCAAACGGAAGAAAAGUGUACGGGUCACGUUCAGCUCGGUUCAGCUUUGUUAUUGGCGCUCCACCUGUGUCAGAGAUAGUAUACACAUGAAGGCAAGUAAGUCCUUGUCUCCUACACCGCCGACUCCCGAGGCUACCACGCCCAUCCAACAACCUGCCCGUCACUCCCGUCAACAAUUUGGUAGCGCCCGUCCAAAAAAGCCGAUCAUACCACCGCUGCCAAGUCUGGAGUCUCGUUCAUCGCUCCAGUUGCCCCCAUUGUCGCUCUUCCAGCCCCAGUCCAGGACACUCCUGAGGUUGCCGCUGCCAAGGCGGAAUUCGCCGUUAAAUUCGCCGCCGGCUCUACUAAUACCCCGGCAGUCGUCCGUGCUAAGCAACGAGUUUUAUUUGAAUACGGAUUUGCACCAUUUGCUUACAGAGGCCUACUACAGUGGUUACGGUUACGGACUUCGUUCUCCUUACGCUUAUGCGCAUGUGCCUUCACAUCAGCAGCGAUUGAAUACUUAAAUAAAUUUAAAAAAGGCGAUAAAUACUUAAAAAAAGGCCAGGAAUACUUAUAACAGGGUUUUCUUACUUAAAAACGCGCUUUUAAAGUAGAAAAAACCGAUUUUCUUGUUAUUUUAUUAAAAGUAGGCUAUUCCUGGCGUUCUUUUAGUCUAUUUAAGUAGGCCUUUUUUUAUCGCUUCUUUGUUAUUGCAAGGCUAAAUAACGGCAUACUAUGAAUAAAGGGGAAGGUAUUGUGUGCUUCUUUAAUAUUUGUAGAAAUAUGUAUAGAAAGAAAUUUAUUUUGUAAUUUGAACUGAAUUUGAAUAAAAUCUCAAAUGUGAGA